GCACCACAUUUCUGUUUCCGGCUCGUACUUGUUACUUCCGGUACAUGCCGAAAAUAUGACAUAAAGUUGUCUAAAGACGUUUGUUAAACAAAAUGUAGUCUUAUUUAAAGAUCUGGAAAUUGAUUUACUCACCGAAUGACAGACACAGCCAGCUGAUGAAUGUUUUAGUCAAUUUAGUGUUAUAAUAAUAUUAAAUCAUUCAAAAAUGUGAAUUGUUUGGAUAAAAAAAAUCCUGUUGCCAUGAUAACACAUUUUGAGCUUGAAAGACUUUGUGAAUAUUUUGUCCCAUGUUCAGUUAAUUAAUUAAUUUAUAUUAUUCUAAACGUGCCCACAAAAAAAAAAAAAAAUGUCGACAACAAAAGGAGGGCUGAAGAUCAAACAGCCUCUCAGAAUUAAAAUCAUCAGCAUGGGAAAUGCAGAAGUGGGAAAGAGCUGUGUCAUCAAGAGGUACUGUGAAAAAAGAUUUGUUCACAAAUAUCUUGCAACUAUCGGCAUAGACUAUGGUGUCACAAAGGUGAAUGUUAAAGACAGAGAAGUCAAAGUGAAUAUUUUUGAUAUGGCUGGCCAUCCUAUAUUCUAUGAGGUUAGAAAUGAGUUUUACCGAGACACACAGGGAGCUCUGCUGGUGUUUGACGUGUCCGAUAGGUCGAGUUUCGAGGCUCUUGACUCGUGGCUAUCCGAGAUGCUCAGUGAGAUGGGAGAUAAAGCGGAGGCCGAAAAUGUUGUCGUCUGUGUGUGUGCGAAUAAGAUUGACAAGAAGAGAGCUGUUGAUGAGCUGGAGGGCAGGAUGUGGGCGGACAGUCACCGCUUCCACUACUUCGAGACGUCUGCACAGACGGGCGAGGGUGUGAACAACGUCUUUCAGACUCUGUUUGACGGGGUAGUCUCUGCUGUUGAUAACGGGGGGCGCAGACUCCCGGCCCAGACUCAGCUUGGCUACACGAAGGAGCAGAUCGACGCCAUCCACAAACUGAAGAACUCCAAGUCGGACUUCGAGAGACUCGGAUUGGAUGCAGGCGCGUCCAAGGAUGAUGUGAACAAGGCAUAUCGGAGACUGGCUGUUUUACUUCACCCAGACAAGAGUGUCGCACCGGGAAGUGAAGAGGCCUUCAAACUGCUGGUUUCUGCUCGCACAGCGCUACUCAAACGAUGUCAGACAUAGCCACGCCUCUUUGUGUGAUUGACAGUUGAAUGACAAGUGACGAGAACUAAUAAUGAUACCUCCCACAUUUUACUUAUUUUAAGUGGGUGUAUUGAUUCAAGUACCUCCCACCGUUUAUUGAUUGAUAGUGGGAUGUAUUAAUUAAAGUACCUCUCACUUUUUAUUGAUUGACGGGUGUAUUGAUUCUAGUACCUCCCUCUAUUUAAACGAUUGACAGUGGGAUGUAUUGGUUCUUGUACCUCACACUUUUUAUUGAUUGACUGGGUGCAGUGACGUAGUGUGGGUGGGGCCACCGGGGCGAUUGCACUGGGUGCAAAAUUCUGGACUGGUUAAAGGGACUCGGGGAGUGCUAACGGUCCACUGGUUAGGGGACGCAAUAAUUGCCUUGCCCCGGGCGCUGGCAACCCACGCUAUGUCACUGACUGGGUGUAUCGAAUCUAGAAUCUCUCACUUUUUAUUGAUUGACUGUGGGUGUAUUGAUUCUAGUACCUCCCACUUUUUAUUGAUUGACAGUUGGAGGUAUUGGUUCUUUUUCAUCUCAUGUUUGACAAGGUUAACAAUAUUAAAACCUGCCACCAUGAUGGAUCGACAGUGGGACAUUUUAACUCUGCUUCCUAUUUCUAUCAAGUAACUGUGACAAAUAGUCUGGUCAUACUGAUUGACACUGUGAUGUACUUUUCUAGAUCCGCCCACAAUCUGCUGAUUGACAGAUUUUGUGAUACAUGUGACUGUGUUUUAUUUACUAGUGUAUGAACUGUGUGUUAACAAUAGACUGGACUAUGAAAGGAAACUGUGAAAGGAAUGAAAAAUAUUCUGAUAAUUCCAACUUGUGAUUGUUUAAACUUGUAUCAAUCUAGAUGUUGUUAUUACAGAUUGCUGUUACUCCAUCUUCAUCAUGUACAAUGCAAUUCGAUCCAACGCUGCUUAACUUUGAUCUUUCUCAGUAUAACUUGACCUUAACUUGAUAUAAGUUAAUUCGACAAACUGUUACUACAAGUUGUCCUGUUAAAAAUGUUUGAUUUCUACUAAAGCAGUGUUAUCAUUAUGUGAUUUGUCAUGGCGACUCGAAUCGUGUGUAUGGGAAGACGUUACGUCAUAAGAAUCCACGCGAUCGGUGGGUCUAUGGGCUAUUUCUCACUCUAGCCAGUGCACCACAACUUGUAUAUCAAAGGCCGUGGUAUGUGCUAUCCUGUCUGGUGCAUAUAAAAGAUCCCUUGCUACUAAUGGAAAAAA